AAAGCCACGCAUAAAUACAAAGUGAUGAUCAGAGUCAGUUAUCUAUGUUCAUGAGUCGUAAAUGCGAAUACGAGCAUGGAAGGAGAAGAUGGUUGGGUGGUGAUUGAAUGCAAAGACCCAAAUCUUCUUGACCACGAAGAAUUACCAGAUGUUUCCAAUCAAAUCAUAUUGAUUUCAACCGCAAUUUCUUCCUGGGACUUACAAUCCAUACUCACUCAUCAUGUUGUUAGAGUCAAGAUCAAUCGUACCAGGUUAAUUGAACAGUCUUCUUAUUUCCGGAGCUUACUCAGUGGAAAUUUUAGUGAAUCGUCAAUGUUUUGUGUUUCCAUUCAAUGGGACCUUGAGAUAUUUCUACAUAUUUUGAGGUUUAUACAUGGAUGCCACACGGAAGUUACAUCUUGUAGUUUCAUUCCUCUUUGUCAAGCUGCACUGUAUUUUGGAUUGGAAAGGCUUGCCUUAGAGUGUAAAAGUUGGCUUUCUGAUAACAUCAUGAACGACGAGCUUUCCUCUCAACUAAAAUUGGAUGAUCUCACUAACUUUUGGGAAUUUGGUGUGGAACAUGCAAUCGACUGGAUCUCAGGGCUGUGUAUUGACCAUGUGGCCAGGAAUUUUAUGUGGGCUUUAUCCUGUCACACAUUUGUUGAUCUUCCAUACAGAUUCCUUGUUUCAUGUGUGAAGCAUCCUCAUUUGACAGUGGACAGUGAGAGGCAUCUCUGUGAUGGAUUACUAUCUUGGCUUCGUGCAAACAUGAAAUCACUGGAACAAACAAGAAAGGCCUAUGAUGGUGAGAGUGACGACUCUGAGCAGAUGAAAAUCAUAACACAUGACUGGACGAGCAUCCUUGAAGAGGUUCAUGUCAGCCUUUUACCACUUUGGUUCAUUAUGGGGAAUUUUAGGUGUUCCUAUUUUUCCAUAAUCGCAAAUCAAAGUGUUGCUGCAAUAAUGAAGCUGUUGACGAAAUUGUCAAAGGAUCAAAAUUCUAUUGUUGAUGCCAGGGACCAGAGAAAUAGGAAGAUUAGAUUGACAGAGUAUUCAAAGAAACUUGAUCUUUCUGGAUGCCCUCAAAUAACCUCCAAAGAUUUGUUUGUUUCCGUGCUUCCUAAAACUUCUGUGGGUUCCUUAUUUUCGGAGGAUAUAGGAAAAAAAUCCGUUGAUCGUGUGUGUCCAAAGUGGCUUUUGCACUUGCCUGCCAUGUCUUUCAAGGCAAUGAUGGAAAUAGAUAUCUCGCAGUGUUCUCUGCUGCAUCUUGGUGCUGUGACAAAAUGCUUUCAGAAGUCAUUUCCGUUCUUAAGGACUCUACGUAUGGCGUACUUUUUAGAUUUUGAAACAAAAAGCUUAUGUCAGCUGAUUGAUAAUUACUCUUCGGUCUUGGAAGUUGACUUGACUGUUGAUGUUAGUCCACUGCUAUCUUCGAAUGUGUCUGUUUUAUAUUCUGAUUCUGUAAGUAGUCCUGCACUAAAAAGUUAUUUUGAUGUGUCUCCAUGUUGUGAAAGAAGACCACAUGUAUCAAAUAUAACAAAACUUACGUUGGAAGGACGUAGUGACUUUUCAGAUGAGGAGCUCCAUCACAUUGCAGAAUUUUGCUUCUCCUUGGGCUACUUGAACAUUAGAGGUUGCAUAUCUGUGACAGAUGAUGGCAUUGCAAAUCUCAUACUUAGAUGCAGGAAAUUACACUCAAUUAUAGCUACUGAAACCUCAUUCGGGAGACAUUCAGCUUCUGCUCUUUGUUCCAGAGUUGUAGAUAUUGACUACCCGCAGAUGGAGAUAGAUAAUAAAUAUGCAAAGCUAUCAGAUAUCAUUUAUUUACAAGUGCUGCAUAUAGGCAGCUGUAAGGGUCUUAAUGAAAAUUCCCUUGCUGAUAUUUUGUCUCGGGGACAGAUGCUCAAGAAUCUUUGCUUGAGAGAUACUUCCCUUGUUGACCAAGCACUGUACAGAUUUCCUGGAUCCUCGCUUGAGUUUCUUGAUGUUUCAAACACUCUGGUCUCAAGAGAUGCUUUGUUGCAUAUAGUUUUGAAAAAUCCUAACCUUAGAUAUUUAGAAGCAAGGGGAUGCAAAAAUGUUUGUUCAAACCAAAUGGAGCAUGAAGAAGAUUCAUCUUUUCAUCCUUGUGAUAAUUUUUUUCUGGGACAAGAGUGCAAGUUGGAAAAGCUUUCCCUUGGAUGGGGAAUUUCCUUUCUCUCUCUGUAUAAUUUAGUUCCUACAUUAAGGUCAUUAAAAUCCAUAAAUGUGGGUUUAGGUGGAUCAUUAGGUCCAGAAGGGCUGACUCUUCUUUGUACAUCAUGUCCAUUGCUGGAAUCUGUCACCAUUUUGUUUCAGGUGAUAUCUGAUACUGUCAUCGUGAAUCUCUUGGGAACACUGAGAAACCUACAGGCAUUGUCUCUCUGCUAUUGUAUUGGAGAUGUAUCUCCUUUGAGUUGGAAGCACAGUGUUCCAAGUUUAAGAAAAUUAAAACUAGAAAGGGUAACACCUUGGAUGACCAAUGACGACUUAGCUUUGUUGACGCAGAAUUUUUCAAAUUUGGUUGAGCUGUCAUUGAUUGGCUGCAUGCAUCUUGGUGCAGGUUCACAACAAAUCAUCUCAUCUGGUUGGCCGGGCUUGAUUUCUCUUCAUCUAGAGGACUGUGGAGCCGUGACAGCUGAUGGGACUAAUCAUCUUUUCAACUUAAAGGCUUUGGAAGACCUCCUGCUCCGCCACAAUGGCCCUGCAAUCCUGAAGAACUUUAUACUCGAAGCUGCCUCAAGACUGCCAAUGCUUCGAAGUAUAUCAUUAGAUUGGUGUGACGCAAGUGAAGGUGACUUUGACUUACCAAAUUUUACGGACAAGUAUUCACUUAGCAGUGUGAAGAUUUCAAGAUGCAAGCUCCAGAAAUGCACCUUAGACCUCCAGUACAUAAAGGCUCAGAAAAGGCCAGUGCACAACGAGACUCUAGUACUCGAGUGGAACAGCACGAGACUCCAAAGGACAGUCGUGAAAGAGAGAAUCACGUAGUUAUACUUAAAUGUACGCUGAAUAUAUGUAAUUCUACAUUUUAUAGAAACUCAAAAUCUCCAAAUAGUUUGGAAAUAAGAGUCUUCGCUUGGUAUUUGGUUAGCUGACGAAGCCGUUCAGAGCUGUAUUUGGAUUAAGAUGUGGGUGUCGGUCGCUCCGAGUCCCUACAUAUAAGCAAAUCUAUACAUAUAUACAAAUAUUAUGGGUAUAGGUUGUCGUCUUCCUUCACUCUCCAAACCCUGAUUAGGGUUUUCUAUGGGCGGGAUACACUGGGUACGAUGUACAAUGAUGAUGAUAAUUAUACAUACAAAUGAGGACCAAGGACAUACGAUUGCAUGUAGUACUAUUGUUAGAAGUUUCACAUCAAGUAAUGCCCAUGGACAUCAUUUUGUACCAAUUUUUUUGGUACUUUUUGACAAGAAUGAUUUAUAAAUCAUCUUAUUUUAUGUAUAUUUGAUACCCUAAUAUUUCACUUGCAAGCCAAAUGUUAAUGUCGUGUGCUCCGAUCCUGUGAGCAGCUCAUCUUCAUUUAAGGAUUUUUGGUCAAUUAAAAGAACAUUUUCUUGUCUAUUUGAAGAAAACUACAUGGGUGAUGGUGAUCUUCAUUUAAGAAUCUCUGGGUUUUUUUUAAAAAAAAAAUUAUUUGCUCGUAUAUUUAUUUGAAAAACGAUAUUAUUUGUCGUCAAUGUUAUGUGUAAGGUGUUGCAAAUGAAGGUACGACAACAUUACUCUUGUUAU